AUGGCACCCUUCAGCAGAAUCAGCAGCUAUCCCAAUUCUACUGUAUCAGUCCCACACCGGCAAGAUAACACCACGGGGCUUGGACUGCAACCUCCUCAUACCUACUACGCCCUCUGCUACUGCAUCUUGAUUGUGGUCAUUGUCUUUGGCAAUAUUUUGGUCUGCCUGGCAGUUUUGAAGGAGCGUAGCUUGCAAACGACCACCAACUACCUUGUGGUAAGCCUGGCAGUAGCAGAUCUGCUUGUGGCCACUUUGGUGAUGCCAUGGGUGGUAUACCUUGAGGUGAUGGGAGGAGUUUGGAAUUUCAGCCGCGUCUGCUGUGACAUAUUUGUAACAAUGGAUGUGAUGAUGUGCACGGCCAGCAUUUUAAAUCUCUGUGCUAUCAGUAUUGACAGGUACACUGCAGUGGUCAUGCCUGUUCAUUAUCAGUACAGCACAGGGCCCAGCUCUUGCAGGAGGGUCUCCAUUAUGAUUGCAGUGGUCUGGCUGCUGGCAUUUGCUGUUUCCUGCCCUCUUCUGUUUGGCUUCAACACUACAGAAGAUCCCAAUAUUUGUUCCAUAUCCAAUCCCAACUUUGUUAUCUACUCUUCUGUGGUGUCCUUCUAUCUUCCCUUCUUGGUAACUCUGCUGCUGUACGGCCGCAUUUACAUUGUGCUGAGGCAAAGACAGCGGAAGAGAGUCCUCACAAGGCAAAGACAGCGGAAGAGAGUCCUCACAAGACAAGGCAGCCAGCGUGUCAAAGCCAGUUACAAACAGCAACCUCUGACGCCCACAGAAUUGCAGCAGUACUGCAGUUUCUGCCAUGAGGUUUCCAUCUCCAGUAUGGGGAAUAAAGAGGCUGUUGACCUAAAAAUGAGAAGGAAAACCUCAUGCUUAGAAGUGCGCAAACUCAACAAUGGCCAAACAGCAACCACGUUGAGACUACCACCCCAGCAGCACCGGACAAUACAGCUCAGAGAGAGGAAGGCCACCCAAAUGCUAGCUAUAGUUCUGGGGACAUUCAUAGUCUGCUGGCUGCCAUUUUUCUUAACACAUAUAUUGAAUACGCAUUGCCAAGCCUGUCACAUCUCUCCAGAACUGUACGGAGCCACUAUAUGGCUUGGCUACGUAAACAGCGCCCUCAACCCCAUCAUCUACACCACCUUCAACAAUGAGUUCCGCAAAGCUUUCCUCAAGAUCUUGUAUUGCUGA